AUGGCAUACGGCGCUUCUGCUACGAAUCAAUGUGUCAGUUCCCACUAUCCUAGCGAACUGAACAAUACCAAUACGCGAAUCACGAGCCGGAACAAACGAAACGAGUGCUUUCUCCGGAACAGAGAACGAAUACACGGCGCUUCGAAUGGAGAAUACGAGACUGAGGAAGAAUACCUUGACUCGCUAUCUCAAAUUCGAAUACAGAAAUGCAACAUAUGGUGGAAAUGCUAUGAGGAACCACAAAUCCUUCCUACUGAGGUGAGGAAAAUACUAGAUUAUUUCCGGCACCUUUACUUUACUUUACUUUACUUUACUUUACAGUAG